AUGGGAUCAGUUAAUGAAGAUGAAGUAGUCAUUGAUCAGGACCUUUGGGUUACUCAAAUAAAGGAAUGCCUGCAAAGACAUGGCCAGCAAGAAGAAGUAAAGGAGAUCUUGGUAUCCGUUUUUUGUGUGCCGAAGGAGCUGUUGACAUUGAAGCCAGAAGCAUAUAUUCCGCAGUGCGUCUCCAUUGGACCAUAUCACCAUUGGAGAGCGCAUUUAUUAGAAAUGGAGAGAUAUAAAAUAACUGCUGCGCGAAGAUUCCAGAAAACAUUAACCGGUGACUGCAAGUUCGAAUCUGUAGUGGAAGAAGUGACGAAGUAUGACUGGCAAAUCAGGAACUGCCACCACAAAUUUCUUGACUACGAGGAGGAAGCCCUUGCAUGGCUCAUGGCUCUGGACGCCUCCUUCGUGCUCGAGUGCUUGCAGUUCCACGUCAAAGAGGGUGAUCAGGCUUCACCCCAGGUGAAGCAACUAGGUCUAAUUUUAGAUCCAUCUCGCAGAAGUGCAACCCACAAUGCAAUUAUGAGAGAUCUGAUAAUGCUAGAGAACCAGUUACCUUUGUUCCUCUUGGAGAAGCUGCUGGAAAUAGAGAUGGGUUCUCAAGCUAAGGCGGAAGAAAGGCUCUUCAAUCUGGUGAAUCUCGCGUGUAAAGAAUGGUCCCCAUUUAUAUUGAAGAUGCGGGAUAGUUCAAGGAUGUGCAUAAAAGAAAGGGGUCACAUAUUGGAGGUGCUCUACUACUCUAUUGUCCCUGCAGCAGCCAUGGGCCAUACUAUUUCUAAUAAGAAGGAGGAUGGGAAAGUCCCGUUGCGAGAUUCAAACUACUUAAUGCGUGCUCUGAAAGCUUCCUGGAAGGCUCUCCUCGCUAAAACUUUUGAAUCUCUUUCAAUUAAGCGCAGAAAUGAAACAGAUGAGGAUAAAGAUGAAGAGAGUGGGUUUUCGUCCGCCGAAACACCUCCUACACGCGACGAACUAGCUGUUCCUUGCGUCUCCGAUUUAUACUCAGCAGGAUUAAAAUUUCGUCCAACCGAGGGGGACGUCACCACAAUUCGCUUCGACCAGACGACUGCAACUCUUUAUCUUCCCAAAUUGAGGCUCGAUUCCAACACAGAAGUAGUUCUGAGAAAUCUAGUGGCGUUCGAAGCUUCGGGUGCUUCCGGUGCAUGGAUCUUCACUCGCUACACUGAUUUCAUGAAUGGCAUCAUUGACAGUGUUGAAGAUGUUCGGCUGUUGAGAAAGAGUGGGAUUAUCUACAAUCACCUGGCAGACGACGGGAAAGUGGCAAGCCUGUGGAACGGCUUGGGUAAAUGUGUCAAAUUGACGCGAGUUAAAUAUUUGGACCAAGUUAUAGCGGACGUCAACAAGCAUUAUAACAGCCGAUGGUGCGUUGCUGCGAAGCCGAAUGUGAACAAGUACAUAUUUGGUUCGUGGCAGCUCCUCACUGUUGUGGCCACGGGGAUACUUCUGCUUCUAACUUGCUUCCACGCUUUUUGUUCUGUGUAUGACUGUAAGCGUUGGUGGAACGACAGUACUGUUCUGCAGGGCUAA